AUGGCACAGAGCGCUGAGCUCCAGCCAAGCUUCGAGGACGUUUUUAAUAUUCUAUCCCAGAUCCCACAAGAUAAACUCCUUAGCCUCAAAUAUAAACUGAAGCACUUGAUAUUUGGGCCCAGCAGCAAAUUACUGCAAGCCAUGGUCCUGCUUACUCUGGGGCAAGAAGCGGAUGCAAGAAUUUGUUUGGAUGCCUUGAGAGAUAACCGGGCAGCCCAGUACGUCCACCAGACCAAACUGGGCGCUGCAGGAGUGCAGGCAGAUGGGGAGGAUUUGCAGCCUCCCCAGCUGGAUGCAGGUGCCAUGGCGCUUUUGGCACAGAUCUACUCAGUGCUGGAGAAGGAAAAACUGUGCAGCCACGAAGCCACAGACAGAGCCUGCCAGGCUGCCACCAGAGCCUGCAACGCCAGCAAGGAAACUCAGGGAGACACGCUCAACAGCAUCCCAGCAGAGGACCAGGAAGAACACGACUCUGCUAUCAGCAUAGGCCCAGGUGACAAAUUUCAGACGCUGAGAUCUGAUGAGGCCCUAAGAUUUCUCCAGACGGCCAGCCCAACCUACGUGGUGAGAAGCUCCCCAGUGCAGAUUGGAGGCAACUCAGACCUUUCAGGUCCACGGACCUUGUGCUCCUCGGGGAGUCCCUCUCUCCCCAGUCACUUUGAGGUCAGUGCGUCGCCAACAGUUGUUUUUCACACCCAGCCUUCUUCCCACAAGCGUGUCCCCCAGCCCAGCCGGCUGUGCGAAGGGAGCACCAGCGGUGCUGGACAGCCUGACGGGGACAGACAGAGCCACGGCCCGCAGGAAACAAGCUGGGACAGCAGAUCCAGCUCUCAUCCCGGGCAGGACACUGGUGCCCAAGUGCCCCAGCCGGAGAAGGUUCUGCAGGUCAGUUCACGUCCUCCAGCUCUCCCUAUUCCUGAAACGCAGCUGCCCACGCUGGGUGCUCUGAACCAACCUGCCGAAAGCAGUGAUGUCUCCAGCACAGUGGCAGCAGAACCUCACACACCAGAAGAAAACACAGACAAAAAGCGAGAUGAAAAGCGAUCAGCUACAGGUGUUCCUGCCUCAAGGGCUACAGUGGAUACUGCUCCUGCCCACAAGUCCAUGAAGGACUCCGAGGUUCCAGCAGGCAUUCCUUCUAACUCUGCAUCUGCUUCCAUUUCAACCUCUUCCCUUCCUCCUCCUCCCUAUUCCUCCUCCUCAACCCUUCCCCCUCCUCCUCAGGGAGUUCCUUCCAGCUUCUCAUAUCCCCCUCCCCUCCAUGGAUCCCCCUCUCCAGCCUGGCCUCCUCCUCUCCAGACUGUAGAAUCAGUGCCCACGUCAGAGCCAGACAGUGGGAAGUUCUUCACUUUUGUUGUCCUGCACGCUAGUGAAGAUGAGAUUAUUGCCCAUCGAGUCAAGGACCUGCUGGAGAAGAUGGGGGUUCCCAACGGGGCCACACUCUGCGAGGACUUCUCCAUUGCCGGACGCAGCCAUCUGACUUGCUUCCAGGAUGCUAUGGAAAACUCUGCUUUCAUCAUCCUGCUGCUGACCAAGAACUUCCUGUGCAACCUGUGUAUGUUUCAGACAAACACCGCUCUGAUGGAGUCCAUCCUGAAACCAUCCAAGCGCGACUCAGUCAUCCCUUUUGUGCCCAAGGAGAACCCGCUGGAGCGGAGUCAGCUUCCCAGCACGCUCGGCGGGCUGAUGCCCUUGGAUGAGAACUCUCCUGGGUUCUCCAGGAUAGUGCAGAACACCUUUACCACCAGCAGGAUCAACCAGAGGAAAGCCAUGUGGGAGCUGAUGCAGAGAAGGAAACUCCAGGAACGGUAUCAAACCCUGCAGAACUUCGCUGCUCUGAACCUCGGCUCCCUUCCCCAGAUGCCUCCAUCAGCAACGCGGCCACAGCUGCUGGAACAGCCACCCCGACAGUGGUGCCCCCCGGCUUCGACUGUCCCUCCUGCCGCGUACCCACCUCCCGCCGCUGACCACCCCAUGCCUGCUCAGAUGGGUCCCUCUCCUUUCCAACUUCAUCUCCCACCAGGCCACUACAUGAUGCCAGGUCCAGGAAGCAUCCCGCCCCUCAUCAUUCAGCAUGCUCGAAUGGUUCAGAUUGGGAACCACAAUGUGAUGCAGGUAGAAACUGUCACACCGGGGCCGCAGGACAGCGAGGCAGAAACCAGGUAG